AUGGUGCUAAUGGCAGUGACAUUUCUGUGCGCUAAUCACGAUCGCUUGAGCGAGUUAUCACACGUGUGGAAAUCUCUAGAUCAAUAUCUCGACUACUCGAGCGGGUGGACGUUGGAACGUGCAGCAGCACAAGGUAUGAAGUUUCUAGUCCAGCAUCUUGCUUUGAAGGCCUCCACGACGCUGAAAGACGAUAACAAGUUGCUGGUCAUGGACUUUGCAGCUUCCAACGGCCAUCUUGACAUCCUUACGUGGCUUCACAACACGGAGCAGUUGAGCGGCUGCUCAACGCGCGCAAUGGACAAUGCGGCCAAGAAUGGCCACUUUGCAAUCGUCCAAUGGCUGCACGAAAAUCGGCGCGAGGGAUGCACUACAAAGGCAAUGGACUAUGCUGCUAGCCGUGGCCACCUGCCGAUUGUGCAAUGGCUGGAUCAGCACCGCUCGGAGGGCUGUACUGCUCGCGCGAUGGAUUUGGCGGCACAGAAUGGACAGCUGCAUGUUCUACAGUGGUUGCAUGAGAAUCGCGUGGAGGGGUGCACACCUAGUGCUGUGAGUUACGCGGCCACCGGGGGCCACUUGCACAUAGUACGUUGGCUGUGCGAGGUCCGCAAGGAAAAAUGCCCUUCUAAUGCCAUGGUUAACGCUGCACGGGGUGGGCACUUGUGCAUCCUCGAUUACCUGAGCGCGCACUUUCCCGAAUUGUUCGAGAGUGUUGGUCCCAUGAUGGUGCACGCCGCCAUUGCAAACGGCCAAGCAGCGAUCCUGACGUGGCUCAUUACCGUGCUCCCGGUCAAGUCGCUCAAGUGUGAAGAGGCUGCAGGAUCAUGGAUGGACGUUGCUUCCGAGUAUGGUCAGGUGGGCAUACUUAUGUGGUUUCAUGACCAUGCGACUGCAUUACCGAUGAGCGUAGACGGACAUCUGCCCGCCUGCACCGUUACAGCCAUUGAAAAGGCAGCUCGAAAUGGACACAGCGACGUACUUGCGUAUCUAUACGAGAAUCACUUGGUCAAACUAACUGUCGAGUUGGAUGCAAUGAAGGCGCUGGUUGCUGCAAUUGGAGGUGACCAACAGAACUGUGUCGAGUGGUUGGUGGUACACUUUCGCAAGCUGUACGAGCAGAGCUCGUCUACGUCAACAACUGCAAUGGACACUGCUGCUGCAGUUGGUAAUGUGGACAUUCUGCAGUUUUUGCGAAAUGAUUCGACAACAAGCAAGUGGCAGACCAGCGCCAAGGCUAUUGAUGAUGCAGCUCGUCAGGGGUAUGUGGAUGUCCUUCGCUGGCUGCAUUUUGACCGCUGCAAUCACAUCGAAGUAGAACAGCAGCACGUGAACAAUGUAUUUAUCAACAGUCAGGAAGACUUGGAAUUGAUUGACGUGCGUUGGACGCCUAUGGCAUUGGAACUGGCGGCUACAAAUGGACACCUUUUGGUAGUUCAGUGGCUUAUUGAGUACCACCGCGACAUUUGCAGCAGCUUUGAGGCAUUUAACGCUGCAUCGUACAUGGAUCACUUGGAAAUAGCUCAGCAUCUAUAUGCAAAUGUUUGUAGUUUGUGCUCUGUGGAACAGGCACUGGAACAUGCAGAAGAAGGAGGUGCCGAGGAUACACUUGCUUGGCUUCAGGGUCUUUUGUGA